UCAAUAGUAUAAAGUUGAGAUGUUUGAGCCAUAUUCAGCGCAAGAGGACAACAUAAUAACACAACGACGCAGAUAGAAAUGGAAUGUAUAGGCCUGACACUAGGCUACUCUUCCGGUCUACAAUACAGACCUAUCUGUUCUACCGAUCGCUUUUCUAGAUUCUGCACAGUUGCGCCCUCUCUGAAUGACCCACGCGGCUGUACGCAGACACACGACACAGCUUCUGGAAUCAUGGCGGACGGUCACAGCAACAACAAUCAUGUCCCUGUUUUGCUUUCAUUUUCGGCGUUUUCCCGGCCGUCCUCUGUGCCUGUUGGUUCUGGAUAUGAAGUGCUCAUUCAAAAGUUUUUGUCAAUCUACGGACGCCAGAUUGACCUCCAUCGUAAAUUCAUGAUUCAAUUGUAUUCGGACGAGUGGGCACAGUACAUUGAUUUGCCGAAAGGAUUCAUCAUAUCUGAGAAAUGCAAGCUACGAUUUGUACCUUUGGAAACGGAUGUGACAGUACUGGGGAACCUGAUCCCUGCCACCACAGUUUUCUUCUGCUGUGACAUGCAGGAAAGAUUCCGCCCAGCUAUCAAGUACUUCGGUGACAUCAUCAGUGUGGGACAGAGACUGCUUCAGGGGGCUCGUAUCCUGGGGAUCCCCGUCAUCGUGUCGGAGCAGUACCCCAAAGGCCUGGGUAGCACUGUGCAGGAGAUGGACCUUACUGGAGCCAGGCUGGUGUUCCCUAAGACCAAGUUCUCCAUGGUGCUGCCUGAGGCUGAGGCAGCCCUGGCCGACCUGCCGGGGGUCCGCAGCGUGGUGCUGUUCGGGGUGGAGACCCAUGUGUGCAUCCAGCAGACAGCCCUAGACCUGCUAGCGAGGGGUUUCGAGGUGCACAUGGUGGCAGACUCCACCUCAUCCCGUAGCAUGAUGGACAGAAUGUUUGCACUGGAGCGAAUGGCUCGCACCGGGAUCAUUGUCACCACCAGUGAGUCUGUCCUCCUCCAGCUGGUAGGCGACAAGGAGCACCCGAAAUUCAAGGAGAUCCAGAAUAUCAUCAAGGCCAGCGCCCCCGAGUCUGGCUUGCUUUCUAAGGUCUAGACUAGGCUGCACAUGGUCAAAAAGGAAAAGGUAGAAUGUGUCCUUAUCCACUUAUCCCAGAUACAGCUCGUGGCGGCUGGGUGGCCUAGUGGUAGGCCGUCAUUGAAAAUAAGAAUUUGUUCUUAACUGACUUGCCUAGGAAAAUAAAGGUAAAAUAAAUAAAAAUAAAAGAUAUGGGUUUAUAUUCUUGUCGUGGCUAAGGAUAGAACGUUUAGGUGUAGAGUAGCCUGAUCCUAGAUCUGUGGUUAAAUUAGUAUGUCAUGGUUAUGGUUAGGAUUGAAGGGUAGGGAUAUCUGUGGUUAGGGACAACUUCUACCAUCAAGCAGUGGCAGAGAACCAAGAGGAAUCGAGAGGUUUAAAGUGGCAAUCUGCAGUUGCUUAAUAUAUUUUUGGAGUUAUAAUUGAAUUAUAUGUACCCAUUGAUUCUUGAAGAAUAUAACUUGGAAAUGCCUCAAAUGCCCCUUAGUUCAUGAGAACCCAAAAUAUAACUGUAUUUUAUUCCAAUGUUUGUAAACAACAAUAUAUAUAUUGCAUCCAUAGCUCUGUCUAUGGAUUUGAGUGCUUACAUUUCACCAGCCCCUCCCUGAUCUUUUUUUCUGCUGAUUUGAUGCUUUAAGGUGAAUUGGGGGAUGGACCAGUUUUCCGUCCUGGUCUGGGAAGGGGAUGGACCAGUUUUCUGGUCUGGGAAGGGGAUGGACCAGUUUUCUGGUCUGGGAAGGGGAUGGACCAGUUUUCUGGUCUGGGAAGGGGAUGGACCAGUUUUCUGGUCUGGGAAGGGGAUGGACCAGUUUUCUGGUCUGGUCUGGGAAGGGGAUGGACCAGUUUUCUGGUCUGGUCUGGGAAGGGGAUGGACCAGUUUUCUGGUCUGGUCUGGGAAGGGGAUGGACCAGUUUUCUGGUCUGGGAAGGGGAUGGACCAGUUUUCUGGUCUGGGAAGGGGAUGGACCAGUUUUCUGGUCUGGUCUGGGAAGGGGAUGGACCAGUUUUCUGGUCUGGUCUGGGAAGGGGAUGGACCAGUUUUCUGGUCUGGUCUGGGAAGGGGAUGGACCAGUUUUCUGGUCUGGGAAGGGGAUGGACCAGUUUUCUGGUCUGGUCUGGGAAGGGGAUGGACCAGUUUUCUGGUCUGGGAAGGGGAUGGACCAGUUUUCUGGUCUGGGAAGGGGAUGGACCAGUUUUCCGUCCUGGUCUGGGAAGGGGAUGGACCAGUUUUCCGUCCUGGUCUGGGAAGGGGAUGGACCAGUUUUCCGUCCUGGUCUGGGAAGGGGGAAGGGGAUGGACCAGUUUUCCGUCCUGGUCUGGGAAGGGGAUGGACCAGUUUUCUGGUCUGGGAAGGGGAUGGACCAGUUUUCUGGUCUGGGAAGGGGAUGGACCAGUUUUCCGUCCUGGUCUGGGAAGGGGAUGGACCAGUUUUCCGUCCUGGUCUGGGAAGGGGAUGGACCAGUUUUCCGUCCUGGUCUGGGAAGGGGAUGGACCAGUUUUCCGUCCUGGUCUGGGAAGGGGAUGGACCAGUUUUCCGUCCUGGUCUGGGAAGGGGAUGGACCAGUUUUCCGUCCUGGUCUGGGAAGGGGAUGGACCAGUUUUCCGUCCUGGUCUGGGAAGGGGAUGGACCAGUUUUCCGUCCUGGUCUGGGAAGGGGAUGGGCCAGUUUUCCGUCCUGGUCUGGGAAGGGGAUGGACCAGUUUUCCGUCCUGGUCUGGGAAGGGGAUGGACCAGUUUUCCGUCCUGGUCUGGGAAGGGGAUGGGCCAGUUUUCCGUCCUGGUCUGGGAAGGGGAUGGACCAGUUUUCUUUCGGUCCUGGUCUGGGAAACUCAUUGUGUAUGCAGCAUUUCACUCCAGCUGGAUUAAAUAUUGUGAAAAUCCAACCUUGUUGUCGGGAAGGAUUUGUCUGGAACUGGAAGUGCUCAUUGAGGUGAUGUCGUAGGACCACUACAUUUCCACUGACCAGUUUCAUGUGGGUUUGAUAAACACCGGGUCUCAGACUAGGUUUGGGAAACCUUGGCUGGGCUUAUUUGUGUACCAAUGAUAUUUAUGCACUGAGCGUUCCAGCCUGCCCGAGCACAUGGGUGAUUAAGUGCUUGCUUCAUGUGACUUGGUAUAUUGUAUGUGAGUCAGGGUAUGAUCUAGAAAAAUGAUAUAUUGAUAUAUGAUAUAUUUCCUAAUGUAUGUUUCCCUUUUUUGUCAACAGCUCACAGUAUGACAGUAUUUCGGAAUUGAACUUCCUCGUCUAUUUUUAUUAUGUGUUCAGUGGCAUGCCUUCUUCUCUUAUCUGCCUGUAAUGAAAAAGGGGAAAUAAAUAUAAGAAAUUGUUGAGACA